UAUCACCGGAAGUGCCAGCUUCAUUCCGGCGCCGGGUCACGACUCUUAUUCUGACAGUCACCGCAGAAACUUUAGUGUGUUUCCUUGAUUUUAGCUCGACAGUGGUGCUGCUGCUGCUGAUUCUCAGCAGUGUGUAUGUGUGUCUGUGCGGAUGGUGGACCGUUCCCGGUGAAAAACACCGACCCCCGGCCUCACUAGAAAUGCCUCACCGCCGCGUGUAAACGGGCGAAACUCGCGGAGGGGAGAGCGUCAGGUCUCGGGGCAGGUUUAGAGGAAAAUACAGGCAGGAUGUUGCAAGUUUUAGCUUGUGGCGCCGUAGUUUUCCCCGGUCUCUUCUUCGCCUUCAGGAGGAUCCUGCCGUGUGUGUUCAAACACUGGAGCGAUGCCGACGUGGUGCUGGUCAGCGAGAGACUGGUGUCCUCCAUCCAUGCCAUCAUGGCAACCACGGCAGGAGUCAUCAUCGUGUCAUCAUGCCGGGGCAACGUCAUUAGCGAAAGGCACUGGCUGGCCACCUACUUUGUCAUCUGGUAUGGUGUGCCCUACAUGACGUAUGACAUCUUUGCCAUGUACCUCAGUCACUACUACCGCUUCCGCGUCAAAGGGCAUGAGGACUACAAGCAGCAUUCGCUGAGGACCGUGAACUCCUUCGUCCGCAGGGAGUUCCUGCUGGUGUUGCAUCACAUCGCCCUGCUCACUAUCCUGCUGCCUGUCACACUGUUCUUCAGAAGGGAGCAGGGGGAUUUCUUCAUCGGCUGCUUGUUUCUAACCGAGCUCAGCACACCCUUUGUUUCCCUGGGGAAGAUACUUAUUCAGCUCAGCCUCCAGGACUGCUGGCUGCACAAGGCAAAUGGUGGUAUGGUACUGCUCACCUUCUUUAUGUGCCGCAUCGCCCUCUUCCCAUACAUGUACUGGGUGUACGGGCAACACUAUGGUAUCCCACUCUACAGCGUUCCUUUCCACCUGCCGCUGACUGCCAACCUGGGCAACUCGUGCAUCCUGGCACCACAGCUCUACUGGUUCAUCCUGCUUUGCCGAAAGGGCUUCCGUCUGUACAAGCGUAGCCGUAUGCAAGACUCGUCUCCUGCUGCCACUAUCACUGACAAUUCUAAGGAUGAUUGAUAUCCAGUUCACGAUUGCUCGCUCAAGACGCACACUCAGCUACUAAUGCAACUACUUCUGCAAAGGCACUAGAUUGACUUAACACAUUUCAAACCCCACCAUUGUACUGUAGUACACCAGGACUGCCUGCUCUUGUCCCACAACUCCUGGGCAUUCUCCACACAGUCUAACUCCUCUGUUACAAAUCUGCUGCCUACGUGGACCUCUCCACUGAUCCAAUUCUACUACUGAAGUUUGAUGAUUUGGAGUUUUUGUUUUGGAUUUGGCUCCUUCCUGGAUCGUGGUGAAGUGCUACGUUGCGUUUGUUAACAUUUACAACACUGAAGAAGGAUCAUGUUUGCUUCACUGCGAAUAAAACAUGGAGUAAAAGCACUAGAAACUGAAGAAGAGCCUCCGUGGAGAGACAUUAUCUUAUCUCCUCCUCUUACUGUGUUUACAGCCUCUGCUGAUUUGGAAGGUCUGUUACAGUGUGUGAGAGAGUCGCUGUUACUACAGGAUGUAUUUAUUUUGAUGGUUUUUGCUGUAAUGUGUCGGAUAGUUUUUUCCUCUCCCAUCCAUUCACUAAUCAUGCUGAAGAGAAAGAUUAGGAAAAGUGGUGGGUGGGAUACAAAUCCAGGCAGUAUUUGCAGGAAUAACUGAUGAAUACAUGUCACCUCAUCCACAUUUUAGAGCUAAAAACAGCUUCAUUUGCUAAAACCCUGUUAAUGUGAUAGGUUCUGAGUUCUUACCCUAUUAAUUUUGUUUUCCCAUACAGCAUGUCAACAUGGCAUCAGUUUGCAAAUCUCCUUGUUCACCUCCGUAACAUCCAGCACACUUUUACAGCCCUUGUAUGGCUCCUUUGUUUACAGAAGCCAUCUCCUUCAACAGGGUGCUAGCUCUGUAUGAGUAGUGUAUCCCCAGGAAUUAACGGUGCACUCAAGUUCUUUGGAAACUUCCAUUAUAACAAAGUUUCAGGAAUUCAUUCUGGCAAUAUCCUCCUCUUAUGGCGCCAGGAGAACGGUGGCACCAACAAAGGAUUACCUCUGUUGUGGGACCCAUUUUACUUUUUUGCAAAAUCAAGUCAUUUCAUAUGAAAGCAUGGCGUAUAUAACUUCAAAGUUUGGUCAAGACCUCAAAUGGAUCAAUGCUCUCAAUGUCUAAAUAGUACUAUAAAGCCAUGAUGGGAUAAGAUAUGGCCCUCUGUUGCAAAAAGUUGUCUUUUUGCACUAACAAACAAAUUCAGCAUUUUCUGUAACUAUUGCAUAUCUGAGGAUUUUUACCACUUUACCCACUUCUUCUGGUUCCUUGCUACUGAAAAAUUCUAUCUUUUGAAUCCAUAAAUCUCUGUCUAGAUGACACUGGAGCAUUGUGGCUGCCAUAGAAACAUCGCAAUGCUAACAGCCCAGGCUGGGGACGAUAAAGUCUUUGAGGCUCACUUACAGACUGAUAUUAAAGCUGCUGGAGAUUUUUAAAAAGUCGAUCGAUUCUGCUCAUCAGGCCACACAUGCCCCAUAUCCUCCAACUUAGUUCUGGUUCUUGAACUGGUACCAUUCCUUGAGCCUUGGUGGAAAUGCAAGCUAGUUUACUAGAUAGCUCCAAUUCUGAACGGAACCAUCGUAUUCACAAGCCCUUUUCGCACUGCCUUUUCAAGGCAGGAAAAACUGGCCAUUAUUCUGCCUUGCCAUCUGUAUAAAAGUUACAAAGGCAGAAUGGGGGGACAGCUUAAUUUUGUCUCUAAUCCGCCAGCAGUGGUAGUAACCAAGCUUUAACAGAUGCAAAUGGACAGCCCAUUGAAAUGACAUACCAUGGCUGCUUGGUUUAGUAUAAAAACAAAAAAAAAAGGCGAUGUAGAAGCGAACCUCACUGUGUAAAAGGGGCUAAUGAUGCCCAGUGCACAACGACCUUCGGCUCGCGCAUCAGUUCAAGGUAAACCUGCUAUUCUCUGGUUGCAAACCAAUUCAUUUUGGUCGAAAGGCUCAGAAAGCUUAAAAUUUGGUACAUGAACUGAGACAGGACUGGUUCCAUCUUGGUAGAAAGCCCUCAGAGGGGGUAAUGAGGACACGGUGUUGCUCCAUGUGGGGCGAACUCAGGGCCAAGGUCAGAGCAAUAAGGUGGCCAGUGGCUCACCAGGGCAAACUCAAACAGAGCAUUAGAAUUUUUGAGCAACUAGCCUGAAAACAUCGUGGCUGUCAGGAGAGAUUAUUCCUGAAACGUAUCUGUAGACUACUUAAGAGAUGACAUCCAGCAGUAAACUGUUUAGUUUCCCUGAGGCUCCAGAGUUUUAUAUGCACCUGUCUAUCAUCUGUUGCAUUGAACACUUCACACAGGGCUGUGUAUAUACAUAUACUACAUGUUUUUAGAAAAUUACGUCAAGUUUUAGUUUCGUCUCACACAAAAGUUUUAAAAUGUAAAGCUAUAUCUAGACAUUACAGGUAGAACUAAGAGGACCAUUUUUUAUCAAGCAAAGCAGUUAUUUUUUGUUGGAUUCACAGUUGCAUAAAGACAUUUAUCGUAAAGGCAUUUAUGAGAGAUAAUCAAUGCUUCACUUUUAAUCUUGAAUAUUAUUUCGUCAUAUCAAAGAAUAGAUGGAGGAUGUUAUUUUCAAAAGAAUGACACAAGAUGUAGACCCUGAGUAUUAACUCCUUGGAUAUUAUUCUUGGUCAUUCAAGCUUUAUAGUGAACUAACUGAUUAAAUCUGUGCCGUUAAUGGCCUUUUUUUAAUGUCCUGCAAAUUCAAUCUAUGCAAAAAAGAGGCUGCUGCGGUGCAUGUAUACCACAUUAAUGUCAAGUUAUAUCAGAUGAAUCCACGCCUCCGUAUGUGUUCUUUUUUCUUCUUUUGGGACCAUUCAUUUAUUUCUCCUGUGCAUUUCUACUGGGACUCCACACCACAAACAUGGUCUCGUGUUGCAUUACAGUUGAGUUGAAAUUUAUUUGCUUUUCUUUCAAAUCUUCCUCACUGGUGUUUUGAUUAAUUCAAGUUCAUAUAAUGCUGAAAAAAGUGUAAACUGAUGAUUUUUAACAACUUUUCUAGCAAUAUACGGACAAGUUUACAACUGCAGCUCAGUUUACAAAACGGGCUGAGUUUUCCUGUUUGCAUACUGACCUCAGAAGGUUGUGACUUUUUCAAAAACAUCAAGUUUGAACUAAACUAAUACUUUUGAAUCAAUCUGAAUGAAACUUAAUAAUAAUCCUUAUAAUAAUGCCUAAUCCUUACCUUUGUUGUAGAUUUGACAUGGCUAACAAGGUAACAAGCUUUGUUGCUAUUUUAACAUUAAGUCCAUUUUUAAAAGGCAGCAAACUGUCUUUCCUUCAUCUGCUUUUUUGUAUUUCUGUUUUAGGAUCUAAAGAAAUUCUUCCACAUGUUACUUUCUCAGAUGCUUUUGUGUCAUGAUGGCUGUUUCCAUUUUGCGUUAAAGCAAGCGUUAUGGCAUCUCCUUAAUAUAGCAGCCACUGUGAAUCUAGCGAUGAUUGUGGAAUCGUUGUGAAUUCAGAAACAUGGUUCAGUUUUACGAUAGUACAGACAGUCUGUCAGACUUUGAUGAGCAAAUGAAAGGCCCAAUUUGUAAGAAAGUUUAUUUUUGAGUCUCAUUCCAAACUCGUCAGAUACUGACUCUCUGGGAUGGCGGUGACAGCAUUUGAUGUUAACAAUUAAUUAACUUACAAAUUAGGCCUUUAAAGAAGAGUUAAAGUCACAACUGCCAAAUUCACAAAUGUAAACAAGGCAGAAAGCAUGGAACAUACAUGGCAACAAUUGCCACCAAACGCUACUGGCCGUACCAGACCAAGAAAGGCUGGAGAGGCAAAACGCCCAAGUGUGUUUAUGGAACAGAGGUAUGCUCUUGCCGGCGGGGCCCCAUAACUUUAGGGCUCCUUUGAUUCCCGAAAGAAGGCAAACGUCUCAACUUUCAAGCAUCAAGACCGCUGAAAUGACCAGUGUGCCGCUGUUGCAUUGUGGACCCUGUAGUAGAUCUGGGUCUCGAACUUUGAUACUGAUUAUGGCACUGACUGAAUUGCCUAAAGUUGAAAAAUGUCUUGGCAUUUGAUACUAAAUUUCAACAACUGAGGGGUUAAUCUCAUUAGAUUCAUUGAGCCAACAAGCAUGCAGCAUGCCUGUUGUCCUAAGAUUUAAUAGUGCUGGCGAUUGGCUGUCACGAGGCAUGCGGGAAAAACACGAGGUUGUGGCCAGAGACGUUCUGGAGCCGUUAUCAAAGUCAAGCCAUGGGAACCGGUAUCGGAGCUUCUGUAACGAUACCCAGCCCUGUGCUGCAGUGAUGCUGUGCCAUGCGUGGCGAUCUUGCAGUACGUUUCUGCCCCUCGCUAUGGCAAACGCAUCGAUAUCCAUGUCAGGUCGGGACAGCAGCGUGGGGAGAAAAGGUGAUGAGUGUUCUUGUUGGUCGACAGACUGUUUGCUGACGAGCAGCGUGAGGAAGAGGCAGUAAGGAGAGCCGAGCUGCUGAAUGAUGGGCUUGUUUGUCUGGUUUGGCUGCAGCCCAGCAGAGUGCAGGCCUCUUUUGUGCACUGCUGACCAGGCCACUCUUACUGGAAACAUCCCAGGCUCUUUGUCCUGAUUUCAGCCCAACUCUCCCACACAUUUUUCUUUGCUGUCCUAUUCACCCGCAGCCUCUUACAGUACACUGUACACUCUCCAGAUUUGUUACCCGUACUUUACACUUCCAUAACAGGCUAUAACUAUCAAUUUUACUCUGUAAAUAUCUCCUCUUACAUUUCCUGUUUUCUAUCAGGGUACUCCAGGUAGUAUACCCAGGCUUCUGAUGAGCUGUUUACAUGACUCGGAUACUUCAAAAAAACCCAGAUCAUAACCAGGACACUAUUGUGCCGGUCAUUCCUUUUAAAAUCAUGCGUCACCUCCCUUCCAGCCUCCAUCCCCCCCAUCACUCCUGCUCCUGUCUUCCGCUUUAACUCAUCCCUUGGCUGAUGUGCUCCUCAGUGAUAGAAAGUCGCUGAGAGCGUUAGCAGAGCAGAGCGAGCCCUCCCUCCCCUCUGCUGCCAUCUGUCGUCAAGAUUAUCUGCUUGUCCUCUCAGCAGUUUACAGGCAGGACUAUUUGGGAUUACUAGGGCCAGGCAGGCAUUUCCUGCAAUUCAUACAUCUCAUUUUUUUUUCUCGGUUUUUCCACCAACAUGACAUAACCCUCCUCUUAAUACCCUGAAAUACAUAUACAUAUGGAGUGGUUUCACUUGUUGUUUUUAUGAUAACAAUUUGAUUCAGAGUUGGAAGAAACAUUUAUACCAUCAUGACACAAAACUCUCCGAGUUGCAGUUCCUUCACACUCAAGUCAAGCUUGCUGUGAUAGUUUUUGCCCCAUCUUUACUUUUGCUUGAAUCACUUGAAGAUGUUCAGAAAGUCACUUUGCCCAGGACUCUUGAGUUUGACAGGUCCACUUGACAGUCACAGAGACUGUCAGAUUUGACAGGCAGUUAAGGAAAUAUCCGUCCCACUUGACAGACAGUCGAGGGGAACCACUACCGAUGGAGGAGAUGAAAUUUGACCAUUAAGAUUUGAUCAGCAGUCUGCAUGCUUAGAAAUCAUGGAAUAAAUAUAGAAAAAUAUGACAUUCCACAAUUGAUCAUAAUCACCAAAUGUUCUGUCUUCUCUUUUCUCUCAUCUUGUUUUACUGGUAAUCAUAAAAGGAAACUAUAUAUAUUUGUAAGGGUGUGUGACUGUGUCCAAAAUUCAAAUGUAAUUUCGUAAAACGGCCAUAUCUGAUGACUUCCCGAUGCGUGAUUUUAAUAAAGAAGACAAUAUCUGAUGAUGUUGGCCCGAAACCUGCUACACUUAAGCCGACUACAAUGUUUCAUAGCCAAGGGAAGACAAGCCACAUUACAUCCAUCGCUAGCAGUCUGGAUCGCUGCCUCAUGCAGUCAUGUUGCACACAAACUGAUCCCAAACGUGAGAAUCCCUCACAAAGAAUCAUGAAAGGCUCCAGGCAUGCAGAGUACACAUAUCUUAACACGUGAUAGAUUCUUACUGUAGAAAGUCUUAAGUUCAUCCUCUUUGCUCAGGGUUUGAUGAAGUUAGCAUAUGUGUGUGUAUAGAGGUUUAUUGUAAGCAGAUGAAACUGAGAUUGAUUCUGAAGAUGAUCACAUCUAGAAUGGUAUGCUGUUUCUUUUCUAUAUGAUAUUUUUUAAAAGAUUUUUUUUCUUCCUUGUAGAUUUUUUUUUUCUUCUUCUAUUUAUGCUUUCUGACACGGCUUGUGAUACUUCUAAGGGUUGGUAAACCAAAGACUGUCUGGCACAUAAUCACAGUUCCUGUAGCGAUAUAAAGAGAGAUACAUUUCAUUUUCUGUAUUUUACACAUAUUGUAGAUGCUGUCACUCACUUCCCAUUUACAAAAUAACUACCCUUCAGUCUUAUCCUCUUUAUCGGACUCCCAGAGGGUGACCAACUUGUCGGAUGCGUGAUGAUGUUUUUACUCCAUGAUACAUAGUUUGACUGAUAAACUUUUGAUUUAUCCAUAACACAAACAUAGUAACAUUAAAAAAAAAAGAAAAAAAAAAAGAUAUGCUUUGUUUUCUUUGUGGUAGUCAGCCUAUGCAGGAAUGUGACUUCUAUUGAAUGGGAACAUUGGCACCAAAAUCAACACGGCAUUGGCCUAGCCAUGCUAAUGCAGUUUGGCUUAGGCAACACCCUUCUUGAUAAGACUAUUUUGAGUGACUGGCUGAAUGAUUGUAGAGUUCAUGCAAACACUGACACUAAAUGUUUUUGUGGAUAAAGUUAUGUGUUUAUGAGUUAUACGCAUGCUAAAAUGUGCUAGCAAGCAGCAUGCCACCACAAAAUUUACCACCACACUGUACCACUUUAGCACAUUGUUACAGUAGGUUUAGAGGUCCUUUUGAGUCCUAGCAAGAAUUGUGCUAACACUAAUAUAACAUUCCUACAUAAUUCUCACUUUGGCUAGAGUCAUCAUUAGUUUCAAGCUAACACUUAAUUAAUGUUGAGUGGUUGUUCCAAGCUAAUGCCUCUUUUGAAAUUACCAAGUUUUAGUAGCCUUGAAGCUAACAUUUUGGUGCAGCAGUUGUCCUCUUGUUAAUGUCUUUGUAAAUGACAGAACUUCCAAUGCUUACACUCAAGUGGUUGUCCCAAGCUAACACUGUUUUUCAUAUUACCAAGUUAUGGUAGACUAUAUGCUACCAUUUUAGCACAAUAGUCAUGAACUUGCUAAUGCUAUUUUGAGUGAGAGUUCACCGAUGCUAAUUUGCGUCGGCGGUUGUUCCAAGCAAACGACCUAUCCUGCAUGCUGCCAUUUUGGUGUAAUAUUUGUCCUCUUGCUAACAUAAUUUUUCAAUAAUCAAUCUUCAUGCUAACAUUUUAUCACUUACAAACAUAUUAGCAAGGCUACUGCCACUGAUCUUGUAGCAUUACUGAAAACCAGUGACAUCCUUUAGGGUUAGCAUCUGUCCAUCUUUAGAAAGUUUCUCUAUAAUGCAUUUUAUAAGCUUCAACAUGUUCCCACGAUAGCCUUCUCUGUCGUAAGCUAAAUGGCUAUCUGCUGCUCUGAGCAUCUACUUGUAAAAUUUGAGCCCCUUAUCAUUUUAACAAAUUUUAACUAUAAACAAAAACUGUCUUGUUAGCUUUCAUCAAGUUCAGUUCCCAUGAUGUUUGGAUAGCCCUCCUGUGUCAGAACAAAGAGGGGAGAUGUUGGAGGAUGCGAACACCUUCAAUUCAGAUUAAAGAUGGCAUGUCUCUUUAAAAGAUGCUGUAAUCCUUGUUAUCGUCAACAAGCAGGGAAACAACCAUGGAAGGUUCUGGUGUCUAUGUUCCCAUCAUUCGCUAUAGAUUAGGUUGUACACAUAUUUGGAGUUGCUGCUGAUUGUUGGGAUGGGAACGGGAUCUCUUUUGCAACCCGUGACACUUAUUUGUUUGAGUUUGCUGCUUUGUGUUCACACAUUGGUUCUGGGUUGGUCCCUCUCUCCUACAGGGAGUCCAGGAU